AUGGCCUAUUUGUUCAACCCUCCGAAGCGCUGCAGCACCGAGUGGGAAACCGAGGACACUCUUGGCGAGGUGCCAGCGGGUCAUGCAGCAGAGGGCCUGCUGCGCGCACGGUCCAGGGGUCAGGCUGCUGCAGAGACCGACUGCCGCGACCGGCGCUGCAAGCUGCUCUUCAGGUCGCAGAGGGAAACGGCCUGGGCCAAGGUGCGGCAGAAGAUGCGGAAGGAGACAUCGUGUGCUGGCGCGAACUCGUUUCUUUCUCCUACUCAGAUGGGCCCGGCCGACUGCAACAGCCACAUAGCCCAGUAUCUCAUGGCAUGGUAUGGCCUGGCCUCGACUAGCCUAGCCUAG